GUCAUUUAGUUGGGCUUUACUUAAUAGAUUAGAUGCGACUGAGAUCAAACCCAAAUUUCCAUCUUAAGUCCAAACAAAAUAAUAGUAGGACUAGGCUCGACUGAAAUGAGCUAAAACCCAAAAUUCCAUCUGAAGCCUUCCUCCCUGUAAGCUUAAGAUGUGGUCGGAGUCUGAAUUUGCGUGUCUAAACAUAGGUGCCCUGCUCUCAUCUCGAAAAGGAUGAUUGUUUCUUCAGUCUCCUCGUCUUGUACGAAUGCUUAAACAAGUAAUAUUUGCUGAGCUUCGGUUGCCAAUGACAAUCAUUGCCUACCACUUUCACUUCCGCAAUUAAUGUUUGUCCAAUCAUACUCCAUUUAGCCGCCAAAAGUCAUGAUCAUUUCAUAAUCACGUACACUAGUUCAAAUUUUAUUUGGUGGCACUGAAACUUGCUCCUUUUAAAACAUUUCUUUCUUUCAAUUUCCCCUCAAAAUUCAGAAAUCUACUUUGGAAAAUGACUCCUCUUUUUCACCAAAUCAAAGUUUGUGUUCUUGGCAUGUAUAAAUUCAUCUCGUUUCCCUUAGAACUUGAAGCUCAUGACUUCACUUCUCCCUCUGUUUUUCAAUAUAAUGUGGGUUUUAAGCAGUGUUAGAGUACCCCUUUUUUGCUUCCUUUUCCUGAUACUUCAAAGCUGUGUGAGCUCAGACUUGGCCAAAGACAGAAAGGAAUGUUCUAACCAAUUAGUUGCUCUCUCAACAUGCAUCCCUUUUGUUGGUGGAAAGACUAAAAUCCCUGAUACCACAUGUUGCAGUAACCUCAGAAAACAAAUUAACCAGACCAAGAAGUGCUUGUGCCUCCUGGUUGCUGAUCGAAACGACCCCGACCUUGGUUUCAAGGUAAAUGCCACCCUAGCCUUGAGCCUCCCUUCAUUUUGCCACGCUCCAUCUAAUGCUUCUGAGUGCCCAGAGCUUCUACACUUGCCUCCAAACUCAACAGAUGCUCAGGUUUUUGAGCAAUUUGCCGCCACAUCCGAUAAGGGUAAUAGUAACGCAGUCGACGUGACAGGCACCUCUACAAGUUCAAGCAGCAGGGGCAAGGAAGAAGGAUGGGUUGGUGUGUGGAGGAUUGCGAGGAUUUUAACCUGGCAACUCCUACUAUCAAUCUUUACCAUUAACAUGUAGACAAAUCGCCAUGCAAUCAUAAUCACAU